CUCAGAGCCUGGGACAAAAGCUGAAAAGGGAGGCUACAGAGGGAAGACAGGAAGCUGUGAAAACGGGGAGAGGGCAGACAAGCAGGGCCUAGGGGUUCCCGUCCUGGACAGGGGAUGAAGCCAGCCAGGUGCACCCCUCCUAAUCCAGCCCCAGAAUGGCACUGCCUCCCAGUCCCCUGGCCAUGGAAUAUGUCAAUGACUUUGACUUGAUGAAGUUUGAGGUAAAGCGGGAACCCUUGGAGGGGCGAUCUGGCCCCCCGACAGCCUCACUGGGCUCCACACCCUACAGCUCAGUGCCUCCAUCACCCACCUUCAGUGAGCCAGGCACGGUGGGGGCCACCGAGGGCACCCGGCCAGGCCUGGAGGAGCUGUACUGGCUGGCCACCCUGCAACAGCAAUUGGGGGCUGGGGAGGUGCUGGGGCUGAGUCCUGAGGAGGCCGUGGAGCUGCUGCAGGGUCAAGGCCCAGUCCCUGUUGAAGGGUCCCACCCCUACUACCCAGGGAGCCCAGAGGAGACCGGAGCCCAGCAUGCCCAGCUGGCCGAGCGGUUUUCGGACGCGGCGCUGGUGUCGAUGUCUGUGCGGGAGCUAAACCGGCAGCUGCGGGGCUGCGGGCGCGACGAGGCGCUGCGGCUGAAGCAGAGGCGCCGCACGCUGAAGAACCGCGGGUACGCGCAGGCCUGUCGCUCCAAGCGGCUACAACAGCGGCGCGGGCUGGAGGCCGAGCGCGCCCGCCUGGCCGCCCAGCUGGACGCGCUGCGGGCCGAGGUGACCCGCCUGGCCAGGGAGCGCGACCUCUACAAGGCUCGCUGUGACCGGCUGGCCCCGAGCGGCCCAGGGCCGGAGGCCACGCCCACUUCUUCCUCUGAGCCACUGGCCGCGGAGUGGUGGAGUCGGUGGGCGGGUGGCGCGCACCACCCGGGAGGCGGCUGUACCAUUCACUAGAUGGUUACAGAGCGCCUUCUGGUGCCAGACACUCCUUUGGAUGACCACACAAAUAUCCCCAAACUUCCUGGACCCUCAAGGCAUGCUCCGAGGUUAGAUGCCGGUCAUUUUCUGGAAGAGGGGUCCCGUUCCCUCACGCAGGACGUGCAGAGAAACCCUUCACCUUCUGCCCCACUCUACAUGACCAGGUCACUGAAGUCUGCAGGAGUC